CCUAGCAAGAUCCCGAACUGCUCCCUCUGAGACCCGCGGAUAAGACUGGGUCAACGCAGGCGCAACCCUACUACCCCCGCGCCCCGAGAGAGAUGGGCAGCUCUGAGCUGAGUGGAAGAAUGUGAUCCAGGCUGAGUGACGUUUACUAAUGGGCGGUGCCGGAUCCUUCACACUUGGACAGAGUGAUCCUAGACCCGGAAGUGUGCGUGUCACGCUGGCAUAACAUGACUGAGAUGACAGAGCUCCUGGAAAGUGCCCGACGGGAGUAUGCCAAGAGUUUCGGUGGAAACGAGCCCAGGAUCAGUGUGUUUGCUCCCGGACGGGUGAAUCUGAUCGGGGAACACACAGAUUACAACGGGGGAUUUGUGCUGCCAAUGGCCCUCCCCCUCGUCACUGUUAUAGUUGGGAGUCCGAGAGAUGAUGGGCACAUAUCCAUUGUUACCACAGCAGAAGGUGCAGAUAAACCACACACUGUGGAAUUCGAAGCUCCACAGCAGGGGAAACCACUGGUACCAGGAGCUCCCAAAUGGUCUAACUAUGUAAAGGGUGUGAUAGAACAUUAUCGCGCUGGUCCAGUUCCUGGAUUCAAUGCUGUGAUUGCCUCCAAUGUCCCUUUGGGUGGGGGUCUGUCAAGCUCUGCAUCCCUAGAAGUGGCUACAUACACAUUCCUACAGCAGCUGUGCAAUGAUGAUGGUGACACUGUACAGAAGGCUCUUGCAUGCCAGAAAGCUGAACAUACAUUUGCUGGGGUGCCCUGCGGGAUCAUGGACCAGUUCAUCUCUGUGAUGGGUAGGGAGGGCCAUGCUCUGCUAAUUGACUGCAGAUCUUUGGACGUGACUUCUCUCCCUUUGGCAGACCCAGGAUUGGCUGUGCUCAUCACCAAUUCAAAUGUGCGCCAUGAGCUGACUGGUAGUGAAUAUCCUGAACGUAGACGACAGUGUGAGGAGGCUGCUAGAACUCUUAAGAAGGAGAGUCUAAGAGAUGCCAGCAUGGAGGACUUGGAAGCAAUGAAGGAGAGUCUGACUAAGACUUGUUAUAAACGGGCUCAUCAUGUCAUCUCGGAGAUAACAAGAACAACAGAUGCAGCGGAUGCCCUGCAGAGGGGAGACUACAAAGCAUUUGGAAAAUUCAUGGUGGAGAGUCACAACUCUCUGAGGGAUGAUUAUGAAGUCAGCUGCCCAGAACUUGAUGAAUUAGUGGCAAUAGCAUUGGAGGUUCCUGGUGUUUAUGGCAGCCGAAUGACAGGUGGAGGUUUUGGAGGCUGCACGGUCACCUUGCUGGAGACUUCUGCAGCUGAGAGAGCCAAGCAACAAAUUAAGGCAAAAUACAGAGGCACCCCUACAUUCUACAUUGCCAAACCUUCUGCUGGUUCUGGCAUAAUGACGGUGUAAUCAGAGUCAAAGGAAUAAGAUGGCCACCCCAAGUAAAAUAAAUGGUUCUUCUUUUUAUACAGUU